UUCGCUUUGCGACGUUCAGUCUAGACGCCAUCUUGAGGAGACCCCAAAACUGGUGACAACAAUCUCAGGCGCAUCAUAAUGGGAUUACUAACCUCUAAAUAAAAUCACCUCAAAUCGUUGUGGGUAGCAAACGACACCAGAAAGGAGAGGAGUCGUCCACCAAUAGUGUAUUACUUAUCAAAGAAGACUGCGGCUUAGCUAAAGGCAACCUUGCCUGUAGCUAGAUGGCCGGCUAACAAUCUAUGCCAGAAACUGGUCUGUGUGCCGCUCCGGACUGAAACCGUGUGGCCUGCUCGGGAGGAAGGGUGGUGACCGCGCAACAUGCAAUCCCGUUAAUUUACUACAGAAUCUAAUUUGAUUCAAAGACCCUGCAAAUCGGAUAGCGGAUACGACAAUGCAUGUAUAGAUAUCACGCUCUUACUGCAAAUUUCGUUGUCUGGAGUGAUAAGACCCAGCUAGCCUGCUUGAUUACAGUGCUGUCUUGCGUUGCCUAAAUUAUUCCCAACAGGAGACAUGUCAUCCAACUGUACCAGCGUUGCGCCGGUGAGCGCUAGCAAAACGAAGACGAAAAAGAAACAUUUUAUAGGACAGAAAGUGAAAUUAUUCCGUGCAAGUGAGCCUAUUCUCAGCGUUUUAAUGUGGGGUGUCAACCAUACGAUCAACGAGUUAAGUAACGUUCCUGUACCAGUAAUGCUGAUGCCUGAUGAUUUUAAAGCCUACAGUAAGAUCAAAGUGGACAACCACCUAUUUAACAAAGAAAACCUGCCCAGCCGCUUUAAAUUCAAAGAGUACUGCCCUAUGGUGUUCCGCAACCUGCGGGAGAGGUUCUGCAUCGAUGACCAGGAUUACCAGAACUCUCUGACGAGGAGCGCCCCGCUGAACAGCGACUCCCAGGGGCGCUUUGGCAACCGCUUCCUGUCCAGCUACGACCACCGCUUCGUCAUCAAGACGGUGUCCAGCGAAGACAUCGCCGAGAUGCACAACAUCCUCAAGAAGUACCACCAGUUCAUAGUGGAGUGUCAUGGCAGCACUCUGCUCCCCCAGUUCCUGGGCAUGUAUCGGCUAACAGUGGACGGGGUUGAGACGUACAUGGUGGUCACCCGUAAUGUAUUCAGCCACCGUCUCACCGUGCACCGCAAGUACGACCUGAAGGGUUCCACAGUCUCAAGGGAAGCCAGUGACAAAGAGAAGUUGGGCCAUGUCCGACUGCUGUCUAUGCUGCGCAGAGGGGGAAGUCAAAAGGGGGCCAAGGAACUCCCCACUUUUAAGGACAACGACUUUCUGAACGAGGGCCAGAAGCUACAGAUAGGAGAUGACAACAAGAAGUACUUCUUGGAGAAACUAAAGCGCGACGUAGAGUUCCUGGCCACUCUAAAGAUCAUGGACUACAGUCUACUGGUGGGGAUCCAUGAUGUAGACCGGGCAGAGCAGGAGGAGAUGGAGGUGGAGGCAGGAGGAGAGGAGGAGGAGUACGAGAACGAUGGGAUGGGAGGAGCACUCACUGGCUCCUUCGGCACCCCUCCAGACAGCCCUGGGAACCCCCUCAACUUUGGCGGGUUCUUUGGACCUGGCGAGUUCGACCCCUCCGUGGACGUCUACGCAAUCAAGAGCAACGACAGUGCUGUGAAGAAAGAAGUGUACUUCAUGGCUAUCAUCGACAUCCUCACACACUACGAUGCUAAGAAAAAAGCUGCACAUGCUGCCAAAACUGUGAAACAUGGGGCUGGGGCAGAGAUCUCCACGGUAAACCCAGAGCAGUACUCCAAAAGAUUCUUUGAGUUCAUGUCCAACAUCCUGUCAUAGAAUCAUCUCUCCUAUCCCAGCCAAUCACAUCCUGUCAUCAGCCACACCCACCCCUCUCUCACUCCUCCUGCCCCUCCCACCUGAUUUAGCCCCACCCCUUACCCUCCCACUCUGGGGAUGACAGACUGAAAGGAUGCACAGACGAGGAGCCUGUUACAUUGACCCACAGAGAGGGGGCGCCGGACUUUUUCUUUUUUUUUUAAAGCAACGCGUCUCUUCUCCACCCCCAUGUCCCCCUGCCCAGCCUACCACCUCAAUCUGAGCGCUCGACAAGGAAGGCUUGUGAAACAGAGUUCAAUAGGAUAUUUGAGACCCUCCCCCUUUCUGCCUUCCCCACCACCUUAUACUAGUCCUCACGCCAGCACGGGAACUGUCUCACUAAUGCCUUGAAAGAGUGUCAGCUUCAGCAGUAGGAGUCUGUUUAGUACCGUCUGUUCAUUUCCGUUCGUUAUUAUUUUCAGACACACACAAACCUCUCACAGACACAGAAGAGGUCAGAUCGCAUGAAUCUUUUGACCGAACUCUGCCUCCUUGACUUGUCAGGAGAUCUGCAGCCGACAGUAUCAAAAUUGGAAAUGCAGGAGAUUAAUAAGGGUUUUACGUAAAUAAAUGCAAUAUCAAAAUGCAUGGCUGAAAUGUACAUGACUCUGCCAGUUAGUUGAAAUGUCAAACCACUGAAUUUAGCAUCUGAGCAUUAUGACUAAAAAAGAAAAAAACAUAAGUGUCUGAAUGUUACGUUGCCAUAUUGUUCUGAAAACUUUUGACAUUUUAACCAUGAACUUGGUUGGUAAAGGAAAAUCCACAUAAAAAAGGGGAAUACUAAAGCAAAUACUUGUUUUAUUACCAUAUGAAUCAUUUUUAUAUCUCGUUUACAUUAAUGUAGCAUUUGUGUUUGUAUACAGUAUUGUUUUGUAACAGACAUUAGAUCAGAAAAGUUACUUGAAAAGGAUUCAUUACAUAUUAAAAGGGAGUUAUUGUU